AUGCGCCCGGCGCUGCAGCACGCCGCCCGCUCGCUCUCCGACUAUGCUGCGCUAACUUUCGCCCAAGCCCGGCCCACCGCCGUCUCCAAGCAGUCGUCCGUGUGCUUCCAAUGCAAGUUGCGCGCCUUCUCCGCCGCCCCGCUCCCCCCGAGCAAGAGGACGCCGCCGCCAUCUGUGCGUGCAGCCAUACGUCAAUGGUCUUCCACUGCACGCCUGUCUCAGGAGAAGCCCUCCUCCGGUCUCCACGAUCCUCAAUCGCCAGCCGUUGAGGAUGCCGCAAAGCGCACCUCCGACCUGUCGUCCCAGCAGCCCCCCGAACUACCUCCGUCCCCAGAUGCAUCAGCACCCGCACCCUCGAAUGAAACAACGCCUCCGCCUUCACGAGAGCCGGAAUCUCCACAUGCCUCCUCAUCUCCGUCUCCAGAACCCGAGCGGGUCGAGCAGGUUCCAGACGAAAAACUACCGUCUCACCGUCAAGGUCUACGAUGGGAGGUCUACAAGCGGGCCACUGCCUACUUCGAUGAGCUGCUACCGAAGCUCAUCCUUGUUGGGCAGAAGGUAAAUAGCUACACCGGAACAGACUUCUCUGGCAUCGAGGCUCUCCGCCAGGAGAUCAAGCAACAAGAACGACUCGUCCGAUCCCGCCGUGCUCAAGUCGAAGAUGCGAAACGCGAGCUCGAGGCCGCCCAGUCACAACAACAGGCAUCACAAAAGGAAGUUGUCGGCCUGCUGGAACGGAAGCACUCCUGGUCUGCCGCUGAUCUCGAACGGUACAUGUCUCUGAUCCGCUCUGAACAUCUCAACGAACAAGCCGUCCGAAGCGCCAAGGAUGCCGUGGUAUCCGCUGAUCGGGCUCUCGAGGAGGCCCGCGCUCAUCUGGAGAAGCGUGAGCGCGCCCAGUACCACGAGGAGCAGAUCUGGAGCGACACCAUCCGCCGGAACAGCACUUGGGUUACCAUUGGUCUGAUGGGAGUUAACAUUCUGCUACUUCUGAGCCAGCUUGUUGCUAUCGAGCCCUGGCGGAGGAGGAGACUUGUCAGAGAGAUCAAGAAUGCACUGGAUGAGAGGACCAUGACAGCCGCAGUUCCAGCAGCCGGCAUUGGGGCUGCUGCGGUCCCGAUCGUCCCCGAAAAGGCCACGGAAAUCGCUGAAGCCGCCGAGGUCCGCUCGGCCGACGCUGUUCAGAAAGAGAUCGAUGACGUCGUUGAGCCGGCUGGCGUACCGCUUGAGCGUGUCGAGUCUGCAGAUGCCCCUGAGACAGUCACGGCUGACCUGUCUGGUCCGGAACCCACUAUACCCCUCCCAGCGCCCGAACCUACUCCGGUCUUUGAGGAAAAGCCUGUUCCGAAGGAAAGGCCUGUGCCGAUGAGGAGACCUGUUCCGAUGACUGCACAAGAGAAGUUAGUCUUCUUUAUUGAGGACUGCAAUCUCUACCUUCAAGACCUCUUUAGCGAACGAUCCAUCUCUGUUCGCAAGGUUGACGUUACCACUGCAGCGCUUCAGGGUGCUGUCGCUGGAGCUGCGUUUAUGGGAGUCCUUGUGCUGGCCUUCCUGAAACCCAGUGGCGGCAAUUAA